AUGUCUUGGUUUCAGUCUCAAAUCAAGGAAAAAGAUGAUACUUGUAACUUUCCACUUGGUAUUUCUCCUCUUUCUUCUUAUCCCUCAUUCAGAUCUCCUCAUAGUAGUAAUGAUCAGAAUGGAUCAACCCCAUCGUCAUCUGGUAGAAGAAUCAGUCUAAUUGUUCUUUUAAUCAUAGUUAUUCUAGCUGUUAUAUUCUUCAUAUCUGGUCUGCUCCACCUGCUCGUUAUAUUCCUCAUAAAGAAACCAUCUUCCUCAGCAACUUCUCAGUCUAAUAGGUACCUAGAUUUGUCUGGCUCUGAUGCUCUACAAAGACAGUUACAACAGUUAUUCCAUCUCCAUGACUCGGGUCUAGAUCAAGCUUUCAUAUAUGCUCUCCUUGUUUUCCUCUACAAAGAGAAAAUGGGUCUAAAAGAACCCUUCAAUUGUGCUGUUUGCCUCUGUGAAUUUUCAAAACAAGACAAACUUAGAUUGCUUCCCAUACGUCGCCAUGCUUUUCACAUCAACUGUAUAGACACUUGGCUCCAGCCAAACUCAACAUGCCCUCUUUGCAGAGGAACCCUCUUCACCUUUGGCCUUUCUAUUGAAAACCCAAUUUUCGAAUUUGAUGAUCCAAUGGAGGAGGAUGGGAUUCCCACCGAUAGAGAGGAUAGGUUCCUUCUCUGCGCUUCACUUAGGAUUUCUCAAAUGGGAGGGAAAGAGGGUAAGAGAAAAGAUAGAAAAUGGGAAACACGAUUUUCGCCUUAG